AUGACGUCUCAAGAUAACACAAUGUCUUGCAGCCGACAGGCCGUCCCGUUUGCUCGCUCAGGUACCAGAGAAUGGUUCUUUAAAGCGCAAAGAUGCCGUUUAAGCCGUUCAUUGGUAUCCACGUCGGGUAGUCUUACCAGAUCCAUAAACCCUACGUCGCAAAGACAAGCUUUGAAGGUUGUUUCAAAGAUCACGACAAUCACUCCGCGGUGUCGCUGCCUUGAAAUCAUUCGUGUCGAACCUGUGACCUCAGAGCGGAGCAACAGCAUCAUAAUGGAUCACUACCCCGAGAUCAAUGUUGAGGAGCGAGAGUACCUAUUAAGCGCUUCACGUCAGAACUCUGGAUCUUCAAUCCCCAAAGCCCCAGACUUCCACUCACCACCAUCACUCGUCCCCAGUCGACAAUCAUCUCACACCAUGUCUUCUGCUGGUGCUCCAACGAGUACAUUGUUGCAACAACAAACGGCUUCGCAUCCUCCGUCAUCAGACGCAACUGAGCAACCAGAGCGCAAGGACUCUAUCCACACCGACGAAAAGACCGCAGAGAAGCUCAAAGCCGAGUUCAUGCGUUACACAGACGCACCACCGCCGUACUCGGAGGAGCAAUAUGAGAACAAGACUGAAGAGCAACAACUCAGUAUGAGAACGCAGGAUUACGCGAAAGAGAUCAGCAGGAUGAUGGGUCGCCAGCUUGUGACGGGAAUAAAGACGGACGAUACGCAAGACAAAGCAUAA